AUGUCAAUAAGAUACUUCUCUCCUAUCACUUCCCUACUCCUCUUCCUCUCCGUCCUCGCGACAGUUACAGAUGCCCGCACCAUCUAUUCUCCUAUCAACCUACUUCGUGCCCGCCAGCAGCAGACCGAUCAGUCCAUCUGCGCCGAAUACUCCACGGUCGCCAACCUCUCCAUUGUCGCCGCCAACGCCACCUACCGAGCCGCAUACCUCAAAGCAUCGACUGAAGGUACUGACCCGACCACCGCGCCCCUCGACGCCGCACUUGCCCAGCUUCCCAAUUUCCAGUUCAACACCACGGUCAACAAGGAGUGUGGGAACUUGACUGAGGUAGCGAUAGAGGGCGCCGCGACAAAUUUUACGCAGGGCGUGGUAUUGCAGGAGAACAUCAACUCUGCGGUGCAGAUAGGAGCGAGGGCAAUGGGAAUGGCAAUGAUUAUGGCGAUUGUUGUUGGAGGGUCAUUGGUGUAAUAUAGCGAAAAGA